GUAAAGAUGUGGCAAUGGGGAAGCGAACGGAUGUCGAGUGUGAGGCGAUGGUGGCGCCCUGAAAAACCGAAGCCGCCCCAGCUUCCCAAAGUCAGUGGACUCGACUUCUCCGGCCACUACCCCUUUGAGAAUCUGGUACUGAAAGGAGGAGGGGCAAAGGGAAUUGCCUACAUCGGCGCAGCAAAGGUACUGGAUGACGCCGGCAUUCUGCCCAACAUCAGGCGGUUUGCAGGAACCAGCGCAGGCGCAAUCACCGCCGCCCUCCUGGCCAUCGGGAUGAGCCCACAGGACCUGCUUGAUGAGCUCAGUCAGAAAAACCUGAUGGACCUCUUAGAUCCACCAGUAAGGAAAGGCUGGUUCAGCUUCCUGGAAUGGUUCCCCCACAUCCCUGGCGUGCCCAGCUGGCUGACCGUGGACAACAUGUCCAUGGCCUUGGCAGCAGUCACGGACAGAGGUAUCUGUGAAGGGGAGGAGUUUCUGGACUGGUUCGGAGACAUCUUAGAUCGGCACCUCGAGCGUCUUCAUCCGGACAUGUACAAGAAAGGGCUGAACAAGGACAUCACCUUCGAUAAACUCUACCACACGUUGGGUGUGGAACUGUGCGUCGUGGCUUACAACAUGGUUCUGGGCAAUGAAACUUAUUUUCAUGUCAAAACCACGCCAAUGAUGAAAAUCCGGGAAGCAGUGCGCAUGUCCAUGUCUAUUCCAGUCGUCUUCAAGCCGUUUGAGAUGGGUCUGAUAUACCCAUAUACUUUCAUUGACGGUGGACUGGCCGCUAACUAUCCCCUCUGGGCGUUUGAUGGCUGGUACCUGUCCAUGGAAGAAGACAAAUUCUUCCACAAGAAGCUGACGGAGGACGAUGGGAAGAUGGUUCGAAGGAUGUUCCACCCGGAGUACAGGAAGGAAAGGUUCGACACCAGGAACAACAGCACUCUCGGCAUCCUGAUGUUCUCCAGCAGGGACCGAGAAAUGUACCAGGAACAGUUUGAGAAGCGCCUUAAGGAGCUGGUGAAGGUCAAACCCGAAUUUGAAAAGAAAACAGAAGAAACGGCGCUAAAUAAGUAA